GGAAGCUUGUUUGAGAGGGCGUGGAAAAGAAAGGCUUCACGCUGCGGAUCCUCCCUUUUGGUUGGUUGGAGACUGAGACUUUUUGCCGUCGGAGCAGUUCGAGUUGGAGCAGUUUCACACUCAGCGCCGUCAGGGAAGACACGCUGUCUGCUUACUAUUGAAGAAGAAAUACAAAUGGAAUUAAUCGUGGACACAAUUCAGGAAAAAAUGGCGUCAAAUAAAAAGGCACCAGGACAAAAUCGUUUAAAGAAUUUUAACAUCCCUAAAAUAACACUUGACAAAGUCAUUCUGACAGAGUGUUUUGCUAAUAAAAGGGAAUAUGAUGAGGUCAAACAGUGUUUGAUUCAAGGCUGCCUUGCCAAAGACAACAAUUUUGAGAGGUGGCCAAUUGAAAAGAUAGAAAUGCUGCAAAAUAAACACCUAGAAGAAGAAUUUGUCAUGAAAAGGAGUAGGUUGCGCCAAGAAAGAAAACCAGAUAAAGAACUUCCAUGUUUUUUAGUAGUCGCUAAGGAUGAUGUCUCAAAAAUAUGUCAGAGUGGCCUACAUAUUGGUCAAAAUCUAAAAAUAAUGGAUGAACUUGGAAAUCGACACCUGGGAGUAUAUUUAUUCAGACAUGUUGAUAUUGCUCUGAAAUAUGCAGCUAUCCACUCAUCCCAUAUAGAAAAUGUCAUCAUUUUCAGGGUUCUUUUAGGAAAAGUAAAAAGGUUUCCGCCUGCUAAAAACAAAAAGAAAAUUGCUUUGGAUCCAACACCAAAUUUUGAUUGCCACAUGUCUACAGUUCAUCCUUCAGUUAAAGACUUACUGGAGAAUCAGGUCCUGGGUUCUUUGGUAUAUGUUUAUGAAUAUAACGAACUUGCAAAACCUGUGGACAGGCCUAGACAAUGUCUUCCAUAUGCAGUAGUAAAAAUUAAAUGUGUGAAUCUGAAGAUGCAUGCUGGCUUCACUUUAACACCUUCGAAAAGUCGACCUAAGGGGUUGCCUAAGCGCGUGGAAAGGGAUCUCCCACUGGAGAACUGUACACGUGUAACCAGAAUAGGUAAAAAUCAGCUUAUCUAUGAACAUUUCAGAAAGCCCUACACAGAAGACCUAGAAAACUGUUCGCCUGCAGAAAGUUGUCCUUUCUCUGGGAGAAUACAGAAUUGGAAUGGCUCUUCAAGCGAAACCCAGCAUAGAAAAGCAAAACAUAACUUUUCUACAAGGUGGGACAUAGCAGUGAAUGAGCUAACAAUUCAGAAAACGUCUGGAAUGGAUGCCUGCAUAGAUAUUAGAAGUGACCACAUAGAAAAUGAAAAGUCCUUGGAGAUGCCUAUAAGAGUUCCUCCUGAGAGUGGCUUCAGUAUUGUAACUACUUCAAAAUCGAUCAAGGAUCCAAGGUUAGUCAAGAGACAACAAAAUGGAGAGGCAGCCUCUCAUGAGAGUUCACAAUGUGAAAAGAAACUGGAUUGCAAUCUAGAAAUGCAAAGGUCUGCUGCUCUUGAAAUACCGUACAUUUUACCUGCAAUGUCUCUUCUGUUUGAUUCCAAUCUUGUCUCUGGACAGAGUCAGUAUACGGAGAAAACAACAUGGAAGGAAUGUACUUCAGAAGAAUAUUUACCAUCACCUCUUUUAAAUCACGAGCAGUGUUUAGGAAAUAUAGAAAAAGAAAUUAUGGACAAUCAGAACACUUAUACCACUCGUGCUUUGGAAACCUAUCUGGGUAACCAUUCUUUCCAAUCCAAGCACAGCAAACAUUCAGUUACAGUAAUGGGGGAAAAUCUCCAAGAACAAAAGGAAAUGCAACACUCAGAACUAUUCCCAUCACAACUCAACCCUUAUCAAACAGUGGGUAAUGCCUGGAUACCUCAGGAUUCUCAGCCAAGUAACAAAGAACACGAAUUUAUAAUUGAACCAUUUUUUAAUGAUGAUGGUAAAGACAAAUAUAUGUGCAGAAAAAACCCUGAAGAUAUAACAUCUUGUAAAGAAGUGGGGAGCUGGUUAUAUGACAACGGUGAAUAUAAUGAUAAUGAUGACAAUUACACUUCUGAAAAAUAUUACUCAGCUGCGCUUGACACAAAAUAUUUUAUGAACAAUUGUACUUUAUUAGAAGGAGAACACAGCACUGAAUUUGGCAAUAUCCAAGAUAAUACAUUACAGUUGGAAUUUUUUGAAAAAAAUCCCGUUUCUGAAAAUGCUUUGAGAGAAGUAUGUACUGAAGAUCAGUGUAUCUAUGAAAGGUCUGCAGUUGAAAUGAGUACAGAGUAUUUAGAACAAAAUGAGUUUGCAGCAGUUAAGUCCAGUAUCCCCAAAGUUCAUAAAAAGAUUGAAAAAAUAGAUUCAGUAUCUGAAACCACAAAACCAACAGUAGCUGAAAAGAAAGAACAUAUAGUAAAGGAAUUAAAAGAGAGUUCUGUUGAAGAAAGAAUUGGAAAUACAGAUUUUACAGGUUUUUCAAAUGCUAAGCCUGAAAUGUUCGACACAACUUCUUUCUGUAGAGAAAAUAUUCCAGAAAUAUGUGAGCAACCUUUAGAAGUUAAAUAUAGGGAUGUCCAAGAUUUUGAAAUUAUUUGUGAAAUGGACAGUGCAUUGAAAGAGUAUAAGAAAUAUCUCUCAGAAUCACCAAAGUCAUGUGAUCAUAAAAACUCAGCUGAUGAAGAAGGGAAAUAUAAUUAUUUACAAAAGCGUAUGGAUUGGGAUAGUCUGUUUGGAAAACACCCAAACAUAAAAGUUCCAGGAAACCCUUCUGGGAAUGAGAAUGUAAAUGAACAUUUGCCUGGAGAAGAAAAGGAAACCAACUCAUUUAAUAAAUUUGUGUGUCCUGAUUUAGAAAUUACAGUAACCACCUUAUUCCAGUCAGAAUUAAAGAAAGAAAUUGGGAAACGUGCAUCUAAAUAUUCAGGACCAAAAAAGAGUAUUAAAUCGUUGCAAGACAAAACACUGGAGACAUGUACAGACGUUCAGAAAAAUGUUAAUCCUUAUCACACCAAAGAAGAAUGCCCAUCAGCAACAUUUUCUUCGUUGUCAAAGGGACAAUUAAAAAAAAAAGUGCAAUCUCAAAGGCACAUUAAGAAUAUUUUAAAUACACUUAACAAGGAAAUAUUACUGUAUAAAAACAAACGUCUGUCCAAAAAGAUAGGUGGUGCAUUAUUUCACUUAAGAAAAGUUCGAAGGAGAGUUCAAUCUUUAAAAAUUGGAGAAAAAAGCAGAAAUAAAAAAUCAAACAUCUCAUCACGGAUUAACAAAAUUGUACACAAUGGAACAUUGCCUUCAGGUUCCUCGGGAACUUCUAAUUGUCUUUCAGAUGUGCCGUGUAGGAAUGACAAUGUGACGAAUGCAACAAUAACAGAAGUUGAAGUAGUCUCCAAUACAUUUACCCCUAAUAAUGGGAGUUCUAAUUCAUCUGGUACUAAAUACACUAUGAAUUAUGAGCAAAGUUCUGUAAAUUUCACUUCUAGAAAUAUUGUGAAAGAUAAUAUGACUACACUCAUGGAAGACACAAAGCAAAACUUGAGCUUUGAAGAUAAUCUAUGUGCAACCCAAAAUACUGCAAACCAUUUGAAUCCAUCUGUUGUAGGAAAUAAACUAGUCUCUCAUAUAGACAAAAAUAAAGUUGAAGUAAUUUCUAAUAGGAAUAUGGAUACAGUUAGCUUUCCCACAACAGCUCAUACUGCUUUAGAAUCUUCUUCCAAAGAAGGUGAUAAUUCUAAGCUACCUCCCAGUUUUCUGAUGCUGGAAAAUGUUUGCAAUGAAAAACAAAUUAUGGAAAUGUGCCCAGUAGAAGAGAGUGAAUACACAAGUAUUAGAGCAAAGAGAUACUUUGAUUCACCAACAGAACAGAAGUAUGAUGCCAGCCCAUACCAAGUUCAUUUACCUCCUCAAAUGCAUGAUGUUGGAUUAUUGCAUUUGAAUACAAGGUCCAACGAUUCAUCAAAUAACAUUUUAGAAAAGGACUCUGAAAGGCUAGUAAAAUCUUUCACUGGACAGAAGCAAGAGGCAAAUUUUUAUAGCGAAAAUGUGUUUUUAAAACCUGAAGAUUCCUGCCCCAGUGAACUAAGCAGAAAAGCUGAAUGGGAAUUAUGUUCUGUUGAGUACAAUAACGGGAGAAAAUCUGUGAACCAACCAGAAAAUAAUUUUGAGAUUGAUUCUCCCAGUGGUUAUUUUGAAUCUCUUAUAUCUUUGGAAGAUAAUAAAUUGUCUCACUUAUCUUCUAAUUACACUUUACCGGAAUGUGAACAUCCGGGAAUAGCCUUCUCAGAAACCAAAGAACAUUUUUCAAAUACAAUGCAGUAUGCCAUAAAUGACAUUCUAGUGAAGCCAUUAAUGAAUAUGAGUUUAGACCAAAAACACUUGACACAUACAGCUUGUGACGCAUCUUGUCAGGAAACUACCUGCAAUCAGCCCAGUCCCUGCUUGCUAGUGAAUGCUUCUUCAGAAGAGCAUGUCGAAGCUAUUACUGCAACCUCCCCUUCAGCUUCUGCCUAUUAUGAUGUCAUUAUGACUAAAACAAAGCCAAGUUUUACGUCUUCUGUGACUAGGCCCCAUGAAAAUUCUAUUUCCGUUGGACUUUCUAACAGCAACACAGACCUCAGUAGUGACUUUAAAUGUGCACAAAUAAAUACUGAACUAACAUCAAGUGAUUUCCAAAUUAAAAUACCAGAGAUCUUGCAAAAAGCAGAUGAAACCUCAUCUUUGACUUUGUUACAUGAACAAAUUAUGUUUUGCAAGCAUAUUCUUCCUGUAUUUAUUGAAGCUUUUCAGAAAAAGCAGGGUUGCUCUUUUGAACAGGUUUUGGUUUCUAGAGAGAUACUCGGAAGUGCUGGAGGAAGCCUGCAACCUCGUUGUAAAUUAGAUCCUUGUGCUAUAGAAUCACUGGUUGAACUACAAAUUGUAAUGGAAACAAUUGAGUUCAUUGAAAAUAAGAAGAGAAUUCUCGAAAGGGAACCAACUUUCCGAAGUUUGCUUUGGUAUGAUAAUUCUCUCUGUAGUGAGUUGUUUGGUGGGCAGACAGGUUCCCAACAACAAUCAAAUUUCUAUCCUGCUUUUCAAAGGAGAUUAAAAUACAGUCCUUUUCAUGAGCUACAAAGCUAUCAUAAACAACUGGUAGAGGUCUUUGAAAACACAGGAUGGGAAACGAAUUCUUACUAUAUCUUCUUGAAGUCAAGACGAGAAAUAGAAGAAUGUGAGGCUGCAAUGAAAACUAAUUCUGAUUACUCUGAUUUCUUUCUUUCGGUACCAUAUAUUUGUGGGGCUAACUAUGGUGAUACUCUAGAAGAUCUAGAAGCAACAAGAAAAAAUACAAUGCAGUUAAUACAUGUAUAUAAAAAUCUGCCAGGCAUUCAUCUGAGUGCUGAAAAAGACUUCCAUCUUUGGCUUAUAAUGGACAUUACUACUACAAAGGUAGAAUUUAUAAAGACCUGUGAAGGGGUGAAUAUAAAAUCAUCAUUGUUUGGCCUUGAGCACAUACUUUUUGACACAGCUAAAAGUCUUGUUUGGAAAGAGGAAGAUAAAUCUAUAAAUGGAAAUUUAAAAGAUGGACAAAUGUUCAAUAUAGUUGCCUUGUCCAAGUUCUAUGAAACAUAUGAAAAUAUGAUAGGGCAAAUUACAGAGCAAGCUGUCCAGCAAACGCCUAUUCAUGAAAAGGAAGCUAGGCAACAAAAUGCAAAUGGUUGCAUUACAAAUUCUCUCAUAUUACCUAAUGAUAUUUGUUACAUUGGUGAAAUACUGGAUGAAGCACAGUCUGCAGACAUUGAAAGAUUAGAGCAGCUUAUGUGUCGAUGUACAGAACACAUGGAGAUGCUGCAAAAAUAUUUUCAGAUUUUACAAGAAGAGGACAUCAGUGUUUUCAUCACAAAAGAAAAUGUUUUGGGAUUUAUGAAAAGUGGUGGCAUAAAAACGGUCAUCUUAAAACCUGAAGCUAUUGAAGUUUAUACUGAAAUGGCAAUGGCUUAUGAAACUGUUGUAUACUUACAAAAUUCAAUAGCUCUAAAAGUAAACAAGCCAAGAUUUCGAAGUUUAUUGUGGAUUGAUUUGUCACUUCUGCCUGAACUUUUUCAGGGACAGGAAAAAAUGGCUUCUUUUUCUUACCGGAAAGGUAAUAUUUUAAAACUAAUAGAGUCUUCAAUUUCUGAAAUUGAAGAGGAGUUAAAUGUUAUUUAUGACUUUUCAGGGAAUUUAAACUGCCCAUAUGCACAUCAUCUUCUGCGAAGAGAGCUUACAGAACUUUCAAAAACUAGAAAUCUACUAACAAAAUCGAAGUCUUCCAUCUCGCUGUGUGUGGACCUGACACCAUAUAGCAUAAGUUUAAAUUAUGGAAGUACUGAUUAUGAAUUAGAAUGCAACUUCAACCAGUUUUCUUUACUUCUUAACAAACUAAUGUUAGCUGAAAGGAAGGAUUUGGGCAAAAUAGCACAUGUUAUGAAAAUCAUGAGAACUAUUGAACACAUGAAGUUUGUCUGUUCUGAACAGGAAAAAUCACCUCUUCUUGUAGUUAUACAGCAAAUGCUUAAAAAUUGGAGGAAGGGAUGUCAGUUUAGAAAACUGAACAUGCAAACCAAUCUGGCUGACCGUGAAGGACAGAGCACCAAACACAACAUUCGACAUUCCCAAGCUUGGAAUGAAAGGCCUGCUAAUGUGACCCUAGGAAGUAACCUGUGUUCAUUUGAAGAAAAUAAUGGUUUCCCUCAAAGUAAAAAGAAAAAGAAACAGUGAAAACAUAAUUUUUCAAAUGGCAAAGGACAGCAUUUCAGCAGAUAAAACGUCAAAUAUAAAAAUUAAAGAUUUGAGAGAAAGGUCAAGAACCUUGUAUUCACAGCUAAAAGAUUUGAAAGCCAUUUCUUGUCUUUAAAUGUUUCUGAUCUUCACUGCAUGGCUCCGGAUUGACAUUCAUUAAUUCAGGCGUAAUAACAAAUGAACAGAAUCCACCCAAUCAGAAGGAGUUAACCAAGAAGAGUAGAUAUUGUCAGAGUAAAAAAAAAAAGAACAUAAUCAAGAAUAUUUUGUGUCCCUUGAUGAGAAAGUUUUGGUAUUGUCAAUUAUCCCCUUAAAAACUUUUCCUUGAGAAUGUUAUGUAAAGACUUAGUUAUGUUAUAUAUAUGUGUCUACAAUAAAAUUCAAACUCCUUUUAUUUGGGCAUUGUAAAAUAAUGGUUUGGAAUAAAGAGAAUCUUAGUAGACUGGAA